GUCUGACAAGUGGAUCCAAGAUGGCGUAGAAAGUAAAGCUAGACGUUUUGUCCCUGAGUCAUGGCGGACAGGAGAGCGGAGAAGUCAUGUGAAGAAGCCAGCAGAUCGUUAGUCAGGCGGGAGUACGAGGCGGCAGUCAGCCACAGCACGGACGCCCUGGUGGCCCUUGUACCCCAAGCCCCAUCCUCCAGUGCCCCUGUCCCGCCGAGCCCUCCAUCCCUUGUCUCCACCGGACCCCUCCGCAGCCGUGCCCUGCUCUACCGAAUUGCUGCCUUCUUGCAGCUGAAAAACUAUGAUGAAGCAGAUGAAGACUGCAAACAUGUCCUGGUAGAAGAGUUUGCCAGGGGAGACGGUUCGCUACAGGCCAGCUUGCACUCCAUGCUGUUGGAUGGCAGCCUGCAAGAGGUGGCCAGCAUCCUCUCUAAAGCCUUGUAUGGAGAGCCAAUGAACGGCAUUGUCGCUAAAGACCUGACCAGGUUAAAAAUGCUCCUCUCAGAAAUAGAGACUAUAAAUAGGGACAUGGCACCAGAAUACACAGAUGACCAGGAGGAAGAGGUUCAAGAUGGCUGGCAGUUCCGGCCUCCUCCCCGAGGAGUCACCAGCAGUGAGGAGUACACCCUCUGUAAAAGGUACUUGGAGCAGGGUCUUUGUCGGUAUGGGGCCCAGUGUACGUCAGCCCACUCGCAGGAGGAGCUGAUGGAAUGGCAGAAACGCUAUGCGUCACGCCUCAUCCGCCUCAAACAGCAGCAGGAGAGCAAACACUUCACUGAAAACUACAUGGAGACCCUGAUAGAGAAGUGGAUGAACUCCCUCUCCCCAGAGAAAGUGCUAAGUGACUUUUUAGAAGGAGUGAAUGUAGAAACCAGCUCCAGCCUCUCUGUUACCGUCACCACCAAAAAAUCCUCCCACUCCUGGACUUUCUCCUUGUUGUGCAAGCCGGCUAGAAAGCUGUACCGCAUCGCCCUGCUCUAUGAUGCCCACCGACCACAUUUCUUCAUCACAGGCGUAUCAGCCGGGGAGCGGCUCCAAGCUGUCCCCAAAGGCUGCCAAGAGUGGACUCCAGGAGAGGACACAGCAUUGGCAGCAGACAAUGGCCUGGAUAACUGUGUCUACAAGGUGGCAGUGAGUUUCAGCACAGAGAUCUUUGGCACCUUCAGACAGACUGUCGUUUUUGACUUCGGCUCGGAACCUGUGCUGAUGCAGCGGAUCAUGGUGGAUGCUGCCUCUAUUGAAGACCUAGAACAUUUGAUGGCAGCCAGGCAGCAGCUUUUGAUGACUGCAAAGCGCUGGGACUCUACCUGUAAGACCAUCGUAGAAUUCAGUCCCAAUGAGACCAUGGCUGAUCUGGAGCGCAGCCUCCUUUCCCGCUAUCAGAUCCCUCUCUCGGCCGACCAGCUCUUCACCCAGUCAGUCCUGGACAAGACUCUGACCAAAGACAACUACCAGGCCCGACUGCAUGACCUGCUCUACAUAGAGGAGAUUGCACAAUAUAAGGAAGUUAGCAAGUUUAACAUCAAAGUGAACCUCCAGCUGGUCACCAGCUUCAUGCUGACUGGGAUUUCUGUUGGUGCCAAGUAUGCCCAGAAUGGACAGCUCUUUGCACGCUUCAAACUCACUGAAACACUUUCUGAGGACACGCUGGCUGGACGGCUAGUGAUGACCAAGGUAAAUUCUGUCCUCCUGCUGCCCUUGGGCCGUGAGGGAUUCAGCAGCCAGCCGCCUCCUGGGGUCAAAGAGCGCGUUUACGAGGCUGUAAUUGAGGAGAAGACCAAGGAAUACAUCUUCCUAAGGAUCUGCAAGGACUGCUGUGAGGAGCUGGGUCUACAGCCUGAUAGAGAAAUACAGGUGGAGCUCCAGUUCCAGCUGAACAGACUGCCACUCUGUGAGAUGCACUAUGCCCUGGAUCGCAUCAAAGAUAACACCAUCCUCUUCCCUGACGUUGGCCUUGUCCCCACAAUCCCCUGGAGCCCCAACAGGCAGUGGGACGAGCAGCUGGACCCCCGUCUGAAUGCCAAGCAGAAAGAGGCCAUCCUGGCCAUCACCACACCCAUCGCUAUCUCCCUGCCUCCAAUCCUCAUCAUUGGGCCCUACGGCACUGGCAAGACCUUCACCCUGGCACAGGCUGUCAAACACAUUCUCCGCCAGGACCACAGCAGGGUCCUGAUCUGCACCCACUCCAACAGUGCAGCUGACCUUUACAUUAAGGACUACCUUCAUCCUUACGUUGAUGCAGGCAAUCCGCAUGCCAGACCUCUCAGGGUAUACUUCAGGAACCGCUGGGUGAAGACAGUCCACCCAGUGGUCCAGCAGUACUGUCUCAUCUCCGGCACACAGGUCACUUUCCAGAUGCCCACAAGGGAGGACAUCCUCAGGCACCGUGUGGUGGUGGUCACCCUCAGCACCUCCCAGUACCUCUGCCAGCUUGAUUUGGAGCCCGGGUUGUUCACUCAUAUCCUACUGGAUGAAGCGGCCCAGGCCAUGGAGUGUGAAACCAUCAUGCCUUUUGCUCUAGCUAGCAAGACCACCCGCAUCGUGCUGGCUGGAGACCAUAUGCAGCUCAGUCCGUUUGUGUACAGUGAGUUUGCGCGGGAGCGUAACCUGCACGUGUCACUGCUGGACCGACUGUAUGAGCACUACCCCCCGGAAUACCCCUGUCGCAUCCUCCUGUGUGAGAACUACCGCUCCCAUGAAGCUAUCAUCAACUACACAUCAGAGUUAUUUUAUGAUGGGAAGUUAAUGGCAAGUGGGAAGCAGCCCUCCCAUAAGGAUUUCUACCCUCUGACCUUCUUCACCGCCAGAGGAGAAGAUGUCCAGGAGAAGAACAGCACUGCCUACUACAACAACGCAGAGGUAUUUGAGAUUGUGGAGCGAGUGGAGGAGCUGCGGAAGAAGUGGCCAGUGGCCUGGGGGAAAUUGGACGAGGGCAGCAUUGGAGUGGUGUCACCGUACGCUGACCAGGUGUUCCGCAUUCGUGCCGAGCUCCGAAAGAAGAGAAUGCAUGAGGUCAGCGUGGAAAGAGUGCUCAAUGUUCAAGGUAAACAGUUCCGGGUGCUGUUCCUCAGCACGGUGCGAACACGGCACACCUGCAAGCACAAGCAGACGGCCAUUAAGCGUAAAGAACAGCUCGUUGAAGACUCAACCGAGGACCUCGAUUAUGGCUUUCUCUCCAAUUACAAGCUACUCAACACGGCCAUCACCAGAGCCCAAUCCCUGGUCGCGGUUGUGGGAGACCCCAUAGCACUGUGCUCCGUUGGACGCUGCAGAAAAUUCUGGGAGCACUUUAUCUCCAUCUGCCAUGAAAACUCAAGCCUGCAUGGCAUCACCUUUGAGCAGAUCAAGGCUCAGCUGGAGGCCCUGGAGCUUAAGAAGACCUAUGUCCUCAACCCUCUUGCCCCAGAGUUCAUCCCACGUGCCCUCAGACCCCUGCAAGGGCACCACUCUUCCUCACAGGCCCUCCAUCCCCACCAUCACCCACAUCCUCAGCACGCACAGCCUGCCUCCAACAAGCAGGGUCCACAGCAGCAGCAGCCACAGCCGCAGCAGCAGCAGUCACCCCCUAAGGGAAAACAUGCGAACCACUCAGAGCACCUGCCACCUGAAGGAUAUGUCCAACCCAACCCAGCUGUGUUGAUGGGAAACCCUAUUCGGGCAUUCACACCACCCUUAGGUGGCACACCAGCUGGCAUGGGCAAGUCACCCAGUCCUGUCCAGAGGAUAGAUCCGCACACAGGCGCCAGUAUCCUCUACGUUCCAGCCGUGUAUGGUGGAAACAUGGUCAUGCCCAUGCCCCUGCCUUUACAUUGGCCAGGCUAUCAGAAUCGCUUUGUGGAUCCUCGCAUCAUGGGCCACCCUGCAGCCAUGGCCUACAACUUCAAUCUGUUGCAGGCCCAGAAUCGAGGCUCCCCCAUCCCUUACAGUGGGGUGGCCCACCCCUCUCCUCUAGGCAUGGGGCAGCCCAGCCCUGACAAGGAGCUGCAGGCAGACCCCCUUAGAAAUGGUAAAUUAGAAGGAUGUCCAAAGUCAGAACAGAGCCGUCUUCAAACACCAGAGAGGAAAACUGCCGACAUGAAGGAAAAACAGGGAGAUUUAGACACAGGCCAAAAUCGAAGUCUAGACGCACAGACCGACGGGCUGGUUGGAUUUCCCAAUGCGCUUCUCCAUCGCAAAGACCCCUCGGCUGCCCAGAGACCCAUCAACUACCACUUGGCACCACCCAACCCAGCUUUUCCUCCACACCCUGCCAGUGGAAGACCCUUCCCCUCACAGUAUUCAGUCUCUAGGCUCCCUUAUCGGGGCAACCAGCCUCAGCACCCGGGGAUGGCCCAACAGAGUCAACAGCAGCAGCAUCAGCUCAGUCCUGCCUACACUGGAGGUAGCCACAACGCUUCCUUCUUCAGUGGCGCCAUACCCCCUCACAGGGCUGUCCAGUCUCCGACUUUGGAUGGGCCAGAGUCUGGUGUGGUGGAGGAGAUGAGUAGCUCCAUUAGGACACAAAUGGGCCACCCAGGGGGCCACCAUCCCGGCCUGUCGCAGCAUAACAGGGUCAGUAGUUUUGGGGAGGACGGACAGGAUGGAAGCCUGGGAGAUGGUCUGGACCUCCAGGGUCCCUUGGCUCUAGAGGCCCUGAGCCAACAGCAGCAGCAGGCAGCCAGACUGGGCCAGUGGGGGGAGGCAGCGGGCCCUUUCCUCCAGGGCAGCGUCGCCUUCCCUUUGCCCCAACAGCUCGCCCACCUUGCUCAGCCCAGCAUGACUCGCAUCCCUCAUCAACUGCUCCGGGCAGCUAGUUGGGGCCUUAGUGCCAAUAUGGAGGAUGAAGCUGUUCCCUCUGCCUCCACUGGACCACCUUUCACCAGGUACCCAGGCCUCUUGAGAGAGAUGCCCCCGCAGGACCAGCCUGAACCCAGGGAAGCAGCUGAAAUGCAGCCCCCACCUCAGUCUCGUCUCCUCCAGUACCGGCAGUCCCAGUCCCGUGCCUCAGGUGACCCUUCAUCUUCUUUAGCUGCCACCUCCAAUCAUGCUGGCCCUUUUCCAUCAGGACCUUACUCCCAUGACACCGGUCGUGAUAUCCUUAACGACAACCUUCUCAGCAACCCAGCUCUGCAGCAGCAGCACCCGGGGAAUCCCCUAUACAAUACUGGAGGCUACCCACAUCAGCCACCAGCUCCCUCUGCCAGCCCCCCUCCCUCCCAGGUCAAAUACAUUCUGCAAGAGGCCCAGUGGUCCCACAGCGGAGCUGCAUCAGUGAGCCCACCACAGCAGAACCACCUGUUAGGGAGCCAGGCCCACGGCCUUCCCUAUGGACUGCCCAUCAUGGCUCACCCCAGCAGGCAGGAACAAGUCCACCUGAUGCAACUUCACCAUCAGCACCAGCAGCAGCAGCAGCAGCAGCAGCAACAACAACAACAACAACAACAACAACAGCAGCAGCAGCAGCAGCAGCAGCAACAACAACACCAACAAAAUCAACAAAAUCAAGGGCCAGACCAGGAGUCCUACCACCCACUGUCCCCCAGAACAUCAGCAGCCACAGCCCUUCACAGUGUAGAUGAGUAUGAACCCAGGGGUCCCGGCCGGCCUCUCUAUCAGCGCCGCAUCUCCUCCACUUACCCAGAGGAACCGUCUCCAGCCAAUACCCACAAUGCCCUGUCCCAGCAGUCCCAGCCCUGUACAUCAGACCCCCAGGACCACCCCCAUCCACACAUACAGCAUCAUCAACACCCACAUGCCCACUAUGUUUACCCCUCACAUGACCCCUGGCCCAGUAAUGGUGGGGGUCCCGGUCCGUUCCAGAACAUUCCAUGUAAUGGAGCCGGCACACUUGCUCAGCACCGGGAAAUUCUGGCUUCCAAGGCCCUUCGUCAGACAGAAGAGCAGGUGAAGGUUGAGGCCACAGCAGCACAGCAGACGCACCCACACUCCCUCAACUCCCUUCAGCACCUUGGACAGUUUCCUCCUCUCAUGCCUAAUAACAAGCAGCAGCAGCAGCCGCCGCCGCCGCCGCCGCAGCAGCCGCCGCAGCAGCAGCCGCCGCCACCACCACCGCCGCCACCACUGCAGGCCCCCACAGAGCCCAGCCAGGGGGCUCCAAAUUUAAACAAACCACCCACCAUGUCCUAUGCGAGCGCCCUUCGGGCUCCGCCUAAGCCCCGAGCUGUUCGCCCCGAACAGGUCAAAAAGAACAGCGACCCUCUCUCCCUCCUUCAAGAGCUGAGUAUAGGAAGUUCAAAUGGUAGCAAUGGGUACUAUUCCUACUUUAAAUGAGUGCCACUUCUCCCACAUAAUAAAUAAGUCAUUAAAAAAAAAAAAAAAAACUAAACAAAAAAGGCAAAAGUGUUUCAAAAAACAAACAAAAAAAGAAAUAAAUAAAUAGUGCAAAGUGCAUUUACAAAUUGUUUCUAUCAGUAGGUUUGUUUUAUGCAUUUUGUUUCAUUUUAACUUUUUAUUUGUAUGUCAUCUUUUCUCCUGUUUCACAUAUCUGUGAAGAAAAUAAGUAUAUAUAAUGAAUGCAUUACUGGUAUAUAUACAUACUCAUUAUGUAUAUAUGAAUAUAUACUUAUAUUAUCUACACUUGUAUAUGUACGUAAUGCUAAAAAGAAAAAAAAAGUUCUAAAAAAAAUUAAU